CUACAGUGGGCAGAGAAGACUCUUGGCCAGGCAGAUGGCUUCUCGGUGGCAGGGCAUGCGGUCCUCUGUGCGCAGGAGAUCUCUCCGGAACCAGGAGCAGCUGGAAGACAGCAAGGCGCUUCAGUCUGUGGUCAGCCAUCAAGAAACUUCUACCCUGGGCUCCCUGUGCAGACAGUUCCAAAGGAGGCUGCCCCUGAGAGCUGUCAGCCUCAACCUCGGGGCAGGUCCCUCCUGGAAGCGCCUCGAAACCCCAGAGUCAGGACAGCAAGACGUCCAGGGUGCUGCUCGGUCAGCUAAGAGUGCUUUGGGUGCCAUGUCCCAGAGAAUCCAGGAGUCCUGCCAGAGUGGCACCAAGUGGCUGGUAGAAACCCAUGUGAAAGCCAGGAAGGGGAAGAGAGGGGCCCAGAAGGAUAAUAGCCUGCCAGCUCACAGCCUGACCCAGAAGAGCACCCGGCUGUCUAGAGCCACCCCUGUCCACUCAACCACAGAUUCCUGGGAGAGAGGGCAUCACUACCGGUCUAUCCAGAUGGGCCUGCGUACCCCCCAACUACGGCGGUCAAGGAGGGAGGCUGCCUUCCAGAGCCCCUAUUCCUCAACAGAGCCCCUCUGCUCUCCCAGUGAGCCUGAUGGUGACCUAGAGCCUGUGGGGGCAGGAAUUCAGCAUCUCCAGAAGCUGUCCCAAGAGCUAGACAAAGCCAUUAUGGCUGAAGACAGCAGUGAUAUGACCGUCUUUCUCAUUCAUGACUAAGGACAGUGCCCUGCAGG